UUUACUGACACACGGCUUAAGAGUCAGUUACUAGCACACAACUCAACUUCCACAUAUUAGAUUCCUCAAAAUUGUGAAACUUAUUGGGGGAUCCACGUUUCUUAAUGGUCAUCACCAGAGCCCUUAUGGAAGGAGAAGUCGACGAUGAUGGCAGAGCCAAAAGAACCGGGAAUUCUUUGACGGCUACCACGCACAUAAUAACUGUGGUGAUUGGGGCUGGGGUUCUGGCUCUAGCGUAUGCCAUGGCGCAGCUAGGGUGGAUUGCUGGUAUAGCGACUAUGAUAGCCUUCGCAGUCAUCUCCACUUUCACUUACAAUCUUGUAGCAGAUUGCUAUAGAUUUCCAGACCCCAUUACUGGCAAGAGAAAUUACACUUACAUGCAAGCUGUCAAGGCAUACUUAGGGGGAACCAUGUAUGUGUUUUGUGGAUUGGUCCAAUAUACAAAGCUUGCUGGAAUCACUGUGGGCUACACAAUAACCUCUGCCACAAGCUUAGUAGCAAUUAAGAAAGCAAUUUGCUUCCACAAAGAGGGACAUCAAGCUUAUUGCAAGUUUUCUAAUAAUCCUUUCAUGAUUGGUUUUGGGACCUUGCAAAUCUUCUUGUCCCAAAUCCCAAACUUCCAUGAACUAACAUGGCUUUCAACCAUUGCUGCUAUAACCUCCUUCGGUUAUGCUUUUAUUGCAAGUGGGCUUUCCCUCUCUGUUGUCAUCUCAGGAAAAGGACAGCCAACUAGUAUAACCGGAACAAGAAUAGGGCCGGAAUUAUCUGCAGAAGAUAAAGUUUGGAGGGUUUUCAGUUCACUGGGAAACAUAGCACUUGCUGCGAAUUAUUCCACUGUUAUUUUUGAUAUAAUGGACACAUUAAAAUCAGAUCCGCCAGAAAAUAAACAGAUGAAAAAAGCUAAUGUGAUGGGGGUCACAGCAAUGACAAUACUGUUCUUGCUAUGCAGUGGCUUUGGCUAUGCUGCUUUUGGUGAUCACACACCGGGGAACAUCUUAACCGGAUUUUAUGAACCUUUUUGGUUGGUUGCCCUUGGGAACACGUUUGUCGUGAUCCACAUGGUUGGAGCAUACCAGGUGAUGGCACAACCAUUCUAUAGAAUAGUUGAAAUGGGUGCUAACAUGGUAUGGCCAGAAUCAGAUUUCAUAAACAAAGAGUAUCCAACCAAGUUGGGCAAUAUAAGAUUCAAUUUCAACCUGUUUAGGCUGAUUUGGAGAACAAUAUUUGUGAUAUUGUCCACAAUUCUUGCCAUGGCAAUGCCAUUUUUCAAUGAAAUUCUUUCCCUUCUUGGAGCAAUCGGGUUCUGGCCUCUCGUCGUCUUCUUCCCAAUACAAAUGCACAUCAGACAAAGACAGAUAAAGAAACGGACAUUGAAGUGGUGCAUGCUUCAACUUCUAAGCUUCAUGUGUUUCAUAGUUACGGUGACUGCUGUAGUUGGUUCAGUUCAUGGAAUCAGCAAGGAUCUCCAUAAAUACAAAGUUUUCACGUAUAGACAAUAGUCCUUUUGGUUACUAAAACAUGAAAUAAAUGUAGCUAAACUCUAUUGAUUAUUUUUUCUUGGGAGACUACUGAGAUGGAGUUCCAUCAAGUAUUUAACUAGUCUGAUUUGUUAAAAAAUUUUCUUUUCUUUCUUUUUUUUUUGGUUGCCUGCCUGUAUCCGGAGCUUCACCCAGACUAAUCUGGACCCCACCCGGACCGCGCACCUGGCUAUGGUGGAUGAGUCUCAGUGGGGAUAGCUGAAUAUAGUUCGAGACCUGCUUAAGCAAAUCCGAGCUACUUACUACUUGGACCAACCUAUUGGUAAGAAUUAUUCUUUUCAGGUGCAACAGGUUCUUGGGUUUCCCUUUCUCCAAUGGUGUUUAUGUCGUCACUCAGUAAAUUGAACCAAAAGUUUGUGAGUUAAUAAUGUAAAUUUGGUUAAUUGCA